AGGAAAGUAGGUCAGUAGCUAAAUAUGUUGGUAGCUUCUGUCUCAUGCCGUCCAUGUUAUCGUGAUAAUACAAGUGUUUUCCUGCCUUCUUUAUGUGUGGAUGUUUAGUAGUAUUGUUCAGAUGCAUCAUCAUCUCACCUGAGUUGAAUGACCCUGAAGGCCACACGGAGCAGAAGACUUCAUGAGCUGGCCUGAAAACUCCCAUUCUCAUGAAUCUCUGUGAUGAUCUAAUGGCAGACCAAAGAAUGGACAUCUCCUCCACUAUGAAUGAGUUCAUGUCACCCAGCUCCACUGACUUCAUCAGCAGCUCCAUCAGCACGCCUGGCAUGGAUUUCACCCGGAAGAGAAAGGGCAGCUGCCCUGACUACCAAAUUGAAGAUUUUUUACUUGAGGACAGUAUGGACAUAGACAAGGACACACAACUUGGAAGGGACUGCGUCGAUCAGCAAGGCCGGGUAAAGAAUGCCAGGGAAGCCCACAGUCAGAUCGAGAAGAGACGGCGGGACAAAAUGAACAGCUUCAUCGACGAGCUGGCCUCGCUCGUGCCUACCUGUAACGCCAUGUCCCGCAAGCUGGACAAGCUGACCGUGCUACGCAUGGCCGUCCAGCACAUGAAAACACUACGAGGUGCUGCAAACCCUUAUACUGAAGCUAACUACAAACCAGCCUUCCUGUCAGAUGAUGAACUGAAGCAUUUAAUCCUAAGGGCUGCUGAUGGCUUCCUCUUUGUCGUUGGCUGUGAUCGAGGGAAGAUUCUUUUUGUUUCGGAGUCGGUGUACAAAAUCCUGAACUACAGCCAAAAUGACCUGAUUGGCCAGAGCUUGUUUGAUUACUUGCAUCCUAAAGACAUUGCCAAAGUCAAGGAACAGCUAUCCUCUUCUGACACAGCACCACGGGAACGACUCAUCGAUGCCAAAACGGGCCUGCCUGUGAAGACUGACGUUGCCCCGGGUCCAUCCAGGCUGUGCUCAGGGGCUCGUCGCUCCUUCUUCUGUAGAAUGAAAUGCAACCGGCCCGUCGUCAAAAUGGAGGACAAGGACCUCCCCUCCACUUGCUCCAAAAAGAAAGCUGACCGCAAGAGCUUCUGCACCAUCCACAGCACGGGCUACCUGAAGAGCUGGCCGCCCACCAAGAUGGGCCUGGACGAGGACGGCGAGCCCGACAACGAGGGCUGUAACCUCAGCUGCCUGGUGGCCAUCGGCCGCCUGCACCCCCACAUCGUGGCGCAGCCCCUGAACGGCGACAUCCGCGUCAAGCCCACCGAGUACGUCUCCCGCCACGCCAUCGACGGCAAGUUCGUCUUCGUGGACCAGAGAGCCACAGCGAUUCUCGGCUAUCUGCCCCAGGAGUUACUGGGAACGUCAUUUUAUGAAUAUUUCCAUCAGGAUGACAUUGGGCACCUUGCUGAAUGCCACAGACAAGUUCUGCACAUGCGAGAGAAGAUUAACACUAACUGCUACAAGUUUAAGAUCAAAGAUGGCUCCUUCAUCACCCUGAGAAGUCGCUGGUUCAGUUUCAUGAACCCUUGGACCAAAGAAGUCGAAUACAUCGUAUCCACGAACACAGUCGUCUCGGCUGGUUCGCUGGAGCCGGCAGUUCCCAGCUAUCCUCAGAUCACUACGUCCCCCCAGAGUAUGGACAGUGUUCUCACGGCUGAUGGGAAGCGGGCACUGCAGACGGUGCCUGGUAUUCCAGGAGGCACCAGAGCCGGAGCGGGGAAGAUAGGUCGCAUGAUUGCGGAAGAGGUGAUGGAGAUCCAGAGGAUAAGAGGCUCGUCACCGUCUAGCUGUGGGUCUAGUCCACUCAACAUCAACAACAGCACGCCCCCUCCAGACACCACCUCUCCUGGGGGUAAAAAGAUUCAGAAUGGUGGAACGCCAGACAUUCCGUCAGUGGGAAUGGGGUCAGGCCAGGAUUCCAUAGGCUACCCAUACUCAAACAACUCCCUUUUAAGCGACAAUUCCCACAUCGGCAUUGGAGACAUCAUGGAUGAGCCCGGAUCCAGCAGCCCCAGUAAUGACGAGGCUGCCAUGGCCGUCAUCAUGAGCCUUUUGGAGGCCGACGCAGGACUGGGGGGACCUGUGGACUUCAGUGACCUCCCAUGGCCCUUGUGAUAGGAGCCCAUCGCCCACUGCCCUCCUGCCUGAAGCCAGAGUGAGAGACCCUGGGUACAGCUGAGGGUGUAUGGCUCCUGUCCCAUCACACGUCUGCUUAUCUGGAUCAGGUUUCCCCCUGACGCAUGGCUGUUUAAUGCUCACGGAGGGGGAAGUACUCCAAGGCACUGAUGCUGCAGAACAAUAGCGUGCCGUGACAGAGCUUUUGAUAGCAUCAGAGCCAAGACAGCUGCAGCCGCUACAGCUGUGGAAAGACCUGCACUGGCUGUUCAGCAACACAAAGCACUGGGCUCUUUCUGAAAAGCAAAGGGUCCUGAAUCCAGGCACACAGCAAGGCGUUUUGAUCUUGCAGGUUUUUUCUAUUCAUGCGUAUGCAGUAUAUUCAUAUAAAUCACACUGGACUCCUCUGUACUUUGUGUAUUUACAUGCAAAAAUCUCUAAUGUAUGAUAUAUAUAAUUCUAAUUUCAUUCAAUGGUGUAACAAGUAUGUUGUAUUGGCAGUGAAAUUUGUCAAAUAUAAAAGUACUCCUUUCUCUUGAUAUUAAA